AAGCAGGAGAGUCCGGAUGCUCGUCACAUCCCGGGGUGGCGCACGGAGAGCGGACUACAGAGGUGCUGCUGCUGUGUGUCGGUGCUGUCCGCUGUCAGCCUGCAGCCAUAUGACCGAGCUGCUGCUCUGCAAACCAUAAACAACAACAAAGGAAAACAACAAACAAACAAACAAACGCGGCAGGUGGCGCUGUGCUGUACAGACGAUGGCGCUCUCCUGGAGUCUCCUCCUGGCGUUCUUGUUUGCCGCACUGACACUGUCACACAGCACUGAGCCCGGAGCUCCUCACGGCAAGAGGAGACAGACGCAGACCUCAGCAGGUGGCAGCAACGGCCUGCAGCACCCUCUGCAGGGUCUACAGGGCCACCACUACAGCAGGGACCGCAGCGGUGGGCACGGGGGCCAGGGGGCCCGCAUUGCCAAAGGCGGAGCUGGGCUGCUCUCCCACAGGCCCCUGCACCCCCUGGCGAGGCCUGAGGAUGAUGGGACGGGCCUGGAGAGUUUGAGCCCGGUGAGACUGGAGAUGGGCCCGGGCAGGGACAGAGACAGAGUACGAAUGAGCGUGAAGAGUCCGUCUCAGGGCCGGGAAAACCAGCUUCUGGGGACACGUAAAGGGAGGGGACAUGGACACGGGAAUGGGCAAGGACAUCAUUUUGAGCACAGGAAACAAGGGAGUCGUCGUGACAAGGAGCGGCAUGUAAAAGGAUUUCUCCCAGAGCCUGAGCUGAGCUCUGCGUUUAAGGACAGAGAUCUGUUCGAGGAUCCUCUCUCCUCUGCCGCCUCCCCCUCCCUUAGCAUGACCCCCCCCAAUGAAACCCCCUCCCCCAUCGCCGCCGUCUUUGGCUCCGGCUCCUCCAUGGUUACCACGGUGAUGAACGAGCAUCCCCCAACGCUGCCCCCGGCCUCCACCAAACCCCAGAGGUCCGGAAGAGGUAAAGGACAAGGAGAGGUGAUGCCAACAUUGGACAUGGCGCUGUUUGAUUGGACAGACUAUGAGGACAUGAAACCUGUGGACACCUGGCCUUCCUCCAAGAAAAAAGACAAGAAGCGGAGUAAGAACCUCAGCAGUGGAAACUUGACUGUAGACGCUGAUGCGAUCGAGCCAUGUGACCACCACCUGGACUGUCUCCCAGGUUCUUGUUGUGACUUGAGACAACACGAGUGCAAACCUCACAACAGAGGCCUGAACAACAAAUGCUACGACGACUGCAUGUGUGAGGAAGGGUUUCGUUGUUAUGCUAAAUUCCACCGGAAGCGGCGUGUAACCAGGAGGAGGGGUCGCUGCGUGGUGCCAGAGUCCGUCAGCAGCGACCAAGGAGGCUUCAUCACUAUCUGAGGAAGAGGAGGACAAGAUGGAGGAGCGUGAAGGAGGAAGAGCAGGAAAAAUGUCCCCAUGACCACUCUGACAUAGUUCAGCCAACACAUCACAUGACACUGCUAACACGCUGCCAAGUGCUGAAAGGUGAUGGCUUGCUGGUUUUUAUAAUCAAUAACACGGUGGAACACAUCCAGAUACCAACAUCUGGUCAUUUAAAAAAAAAAACACACGAUUUAACAGGACAUACUGUUUGACUGUUGCAUUAUGGGAUGAGCCACACUUUCUAUUCUAGCAAAUCAGCACCUUUAAGCGCUUAUUCAGUUCAGUUAAACACAUAAAUCCGUUUUAUUUCAGUCUUUAUCGCUGCAGCAGCACUACAGAAUAGAAAAAAAUGGGCUUUUUUAAAACUAACUCAUGCAAAACAAAGAUGAUUUCAUUCUAGAAGAUUCGUACUUUAUUUGCUUAAAUUGGUAUAAAACAUUCCCCCAGCUGGCAACACAUCACAUCAUGAAACAUCUCAUACUUAAUGUGUUAAUAUCACCACAGUUAUGGCAAUUAUGGCUGUUGAUUGGGUUUUAAUUUUGAGCAAGAGCAGAUUUUAUGAGUUUUGAAAACCCUUUUUCAAAUGUCUCUCAGUUUUUCCUGCAUCUGAUUGUCUCUGUCCUGCUGAUCUGAGUCUAACAAUGUUUACAAAUCAUUUUUAUUAUUGCAUUACUGUGCUUGAGUAAUGCAAAGGAGUCCCAAACGGAUGGCUUUUAUUGGUUCAGGAUCAUUCAGUUUGAGUCAAGUAAGCCGUCACAGAAAUUAUGCUAAAUUAGUUUCUGUGUCUCUGCCACAUUUUGUUUCCUGGCACUCUUACUCAUCAAACAAAUGCUGAAAAUGAUUUAGAAAUGCUGUUUGAACCCAGUCUGCUGUCUGUUAUUGUAAAUAAGAAAGUGUUUGAAAACAACUUUUAGUUGAAUUGGCGCCACUUCUCUUCAAAUGUACGUAACGGUAGAACGAUAAACAAAGAUGCUUGUUUGACCUUCCUUUUACACGUCUUAAUAUAUGUUUUAUUUAUACUGUACUUCAACACGUUUGUACACAUACUGUGUU